AAUCCCACUCUACCUCCCUUCUUCUCUCCAUCAACUGAGCAACUUCUCCCCUCGCAAGAAGAGACAAGAUUCAAUCGAUCGAUCUCCCAAAGAUGAUCUCACUUAGAGGUAAAAAUGUUCUCAUAACCGGCGGCUCGAGGGGGCUUGGCACUGCCACAGCCCACGCAUUCGCAAGGGAGGGUGCAAACGUCUUGGUAAACUACAUUAACGAUGAGGCUAGCGCUGCAAAUGUGGCGACACAGCUAUCGGACCAGCACGGGGUCAAGGCGGACACCGUACAGGGCGACGUUGGCGCCGAAGAGAACUGCGUGAGGAUCGUGAAUAAGUGUAUUGCGCUUUUCGGGGGUGUGGACGUUAUUGUUUCUAACGCUGUUUGUUAAACGAUAUUGCCUUGAAGGUUUGAGGUGAGUGAGUGCUAAUUGGUGGUGCCUCCAGGGCUGGACGAGGAUCAGUGAUUUCGGAGAUUUGUUUGCGUUGAGCGAGGCAGAUUGGGAUAAAGUUGCCAUUCCCGUCCCACCGUUUUUGGCUCUCGAAGGGCUUUCUAACAGGGAACACUAGUGCUGGGCAGUAAACGUAAAAGCAAACCUCAACCUCCUUCGUGCCGCCUCAGGAUAUUUCAAUGCAAACCCUGACGGAGGCUCGUUCCUGAUCUCAUCUUCCGUUGCCGCAACCAUCCCCUCCGGUAGCUCAAUGGCGUACUCGGUUACUAAAGCUGCUGGUUUGCACCUUAUGCGGUGCCUUGCCCAGACUCAGGGGCCGAAAAUUAGAGUUAAUGCGGUGCUUCCGGGCUUGUUGUUGACGGAUUGGGGGAAUAGGUUCGGGAAGGAGAGGGUCGAGAAAACAAGGGAGCAGGCUGCUCUGAAAGACUUUGUGUGACUUUCUUUCCUUUUUUCUUUUUUUUCUAAAGGGAAGAUGACUGACGAAGACCGCCGAAUCUCUGCUGGUAGCCCACGGUGGAGGAAUGUGCGGACGCAUUUGUGCUUAUGGCUAAGAGUAGGACUAUGACGGGGGCUAGCUUGAAGAUUGGUAAGUAACGCGUAUGAUGCAUGAGGGAGGAAUAGAACUUAACUCUUCGGGAUAGAUGCGGGGCUUGUGCCUUAGGAUCCGCAGGAAGGGAUAUAGGAGCGGCAUAAAUAAAGCCCGCAAAUUAAGGUUUUUUUUGAGUGAUUCCUUGUGGUUGCUCCCUUGAGGGUUUCCCGAGGAACUAUGUAUUGCUCAUACCAGUAGUUCAAACACUUCAACGCCUAGGAUGGAAUCGGGCACUAUGCUUGCUCCAUUCUGCAUGCUUGGGGGCUUCUCAUGGGCCGUUCUAAGUCAUCUUUACGUUGAAUAUGAGUAAUUCAGUGUGGGGAGACCCCCCCCCUGGGGGCUGCCUUUUCGUAGCUUGGCUAUAGACUGACCCUGGGCGGCCAUCAAUAUCAGAAUGACUGGGUUGAGAAAGCAGUGGAUGGUGUAGUGCUGGUAUGAAGCUAGAGGAACCCCAACCACUAUACAGAAAUCCCCCGAAGGUUCGCGCAACGGCUAUCAAUCAUCAAUCCUGAUGGUUCGUUACAACCCAGAUGCCCAGAUUGAGCCUAGUUUCCCGUCACCAGGGAGAGGAAAGCAAAAUCAGUAGUCUACUGUAAGUACUCGAAUAUAAGAGAAAUGUGCAAGGACGUUAUAGUUAUCUCCAGUACCAUAGUAAUGCGCUGUGCCUCGGUGUGUUUUUCCCCCCCGUCUUAGCUAGUAGCCGAAUUUGCGAUGAUUUCCCUAUAUCUAUCCCGGAAGGGAAUUUCAAGCGCAGAGCGCGUUUCUCUUGUAUUCUAGAUUUAUGGUAGUGGCAUACCGGUGUGUUGAUAGAUAUCGGAAGAGAUAUAAUAGUCCUAUUUCCUGGCACUCUGAAUUUGCAAACAUCUGUGGCGGCACGUGACAGGAAACUCCGACGGUUCUAGUGCCCGUGGUCUUCAGCCAUCACUCGCUUCUAAUCAUUCCAAAAUUGAAUGUGUGACAAUUGAUUCAAUUCCGUAGAGACCCUUCUCCCGCCCGUCUGGCAUUUCAAGUGUCUCGCUUUAUUUAUUUCACUUCUUCAGGAGGUGACCUACCCAUCUCAGUAACCAACCCAACCAUGCGCUUUUCGUGCGGUACUGGCAGUAUUCUAUCGGGCCGGCCUCCUGGUUUUCGCCAUCGCGGAUCUAGCAGCGAAGAUACUCCAAACUUGGAUUUUUGCGGAGGCAGGCUAAUCGAACCAUAAUAAUAUCUCACAUUUAUAGCCUAGCUCC